GCCCAAUACUGUGUAAUCCAUUAAAACGUUCGGUCAGAAGGUUGGUUGAAGCGAGAAGAAACGGAUUGAGGUUAGCCAGCUUCUUCUUCUUCUUAAAUUGAUCAUGACUUCGUCCAAUUUUAUGUAAAAAACAACAAAGUUCAUCGAAUUACAGAGUAUUAGAUAUUGGGUUCUUACACUCUUUCUAUAAUCACUGAAUUUGAAGCAAAAAAACAGUUCUUUAGUCUGUCCAUUACUUGCAACCCAAAAUCCUAAUUGAUUAUUUGUUGGAGGAUUUGGAGAUUGAAUGAUCUUUCUUUCAUUCUUCUUUGAUUUUGUUUUCUCUAUCUAAUACUUGGUAUUUUAAUCAAUGUUUAUCAACAAAGGUGGAACUUGGAAGUGGGGAUUGCGCUAAAAAAACCUCACUCAUAAUGUUUAUCAUUAUCAUGGGGCACAUAAUUACCUGAAUUUCUUAAAUUAGUAGGGUUUGAACAUUACCACGUUCUCAAAUUAUUGUGAUAUAUCCUAUCUAAACAGAGAAUAUGAUUAUACAAAAAUGUUUUUUUGCUCUAGCGAAAUUUUUUAUGUUUUGGUGACUUGGUGUAUAGUUACGACAUUCCCUUGAUUUGUGGGAUAGCAUGAGCCGAGAUCCCUCGAAGGAUGGCUUUCUUCCUACCUGUUCAGAUGAAGAUGUGCCCCGUCAAUGUUUUCAGCUCUGUUGAUAGGUGUAAAGUUGUCACUGACUAUAAACUGAAAUCAAGUCAUCAUGAUGUGCUGGCCGGGGAAGAACAAUCUCGUCGCAGGUUUCUUCUAGGAUGUAGCAUGAUCCCUUUUGUUUCAUUUAAUGGAAGAUUUGGUUUGUUACCAGCUUGGGCUGGAGAGAAAUCAAAAGCAGCCCAAGAUGAUGAGGGCGUUAUUGGAGCCUUAAAGUCCUUGUUUGAACCAAAUGAGAAAACUAAAUCAGGGAAAUUCUUACCCAAGGACUACUUGAAAUCAGUGAGAGAAGUGAUUAAGACAUUGCGGGAAUCACUCGAGGAGGAUCCCAAUGACAUGGCCAAGUUUAGGAGAACAGCGGAUGCAGCAAAGGAGUCAAUUCGUGCGUACUUGGGUGGGUGGAGAGGAGAUAAAACUGUGGUUAAUGAGGAAUCAUAUGAGAUGCUAGAGAGAGCAAUAAGAGCAUUAGCCAACUUUUACUCAGAGGCAGGCCCAUCUGCACCACUUCCUGAGCAUGUUAAAGUUGAGAUUCUAAAUGAUCUCAUCAAAGCAGAGGAUGAUUUGUAAAAAGAAACAGCAGAGAAUCUGUUAAUGCACAAGCAAUCCACGGGAAGACGCUGUACUUUUUCUCACCCCAUUGCUGUAUACACGAUAGCAAAACAAGUUUCAGGAAUGGGGUGACAACCCCCAUCUUGAGUUACAUGAUGGAUGACAAUCUAUGGGUCAAUUUGAGAUUAGUAUUAUUAUGUGCUGAGUUGUGAAGUGGUCCUUGAAUGCCCAUGGAUACAUUUGUUCCAAUUUUACAAAUUUUGUUUUAACUGUUCUAAAACAAAUUGAAGGGCAUAGAUGUUCUACGCAGUAUAAUUACAUUGUAUAUACAUUUUUAUCCCAUCAUUUUAUGCUAAAUAAAUUAUAAAUAAAU